GUUUUUUUUUACCGUUCUUUUUUAUUUCCUCUUUCUACUUCUUCCCUUUCUUCUUAAAUUUCAUAUAUGAAGCAUUAAUUAAGUCAUGGUUCAUACAAGGGGUAGAAUGAGAAUCAGCACGCGAUUGCAAACCCGAAGUCAAGAAGCCGAGUUAACGGCAAGAUCCAGUAAUAGUAGUAGUAGUCGGGAUCACGAGACAUUGCCGCAGCCCGCCAAUGACGACUACCAUUACUCUCCUCACCCUGCGACAAGACGAUCGCAGCGUAGUAUCAAACCAAUGUCCGAUUCUUCUGAACUCAUGGACUCAUCCGGUGAAGAAUUCUCUGCAUCGGCACUGACACCGUCCGACACCAGUAUCUCUGAUCAUCGUCGUCGCAGUACCGAAGGUGAACGCGCAGUCCUUACCGACAAAGCGACCAGUCAGCUCGUCACCAACUGGGUCAAGCAAAAUUAUCAAUUAGAGCAUGAUCACAACGUACCACGUCGUGGCAUGUACGAACACUACAAGUCUUACUGUGCUUCGUGCAACGUUCAGCCUGUCAAUUCCGCGACGUUCGGAAAACUGAUUCGCACUGUAUUCCCAGAAAUCAAAACGCGUCGACUCGGCACGCGAGGCCAAUCAAAGUACCAUUACUGCGGUAUUCGUAUGCAACCUUCUGUGCAGUCGUGUCGGCACCCAGGAAAUUUAUCAGGCAUUGCCUCGGCUGCAAGUACCGUGACGCGACCACAAGAUGACCAGCAGGCAUUGUUCGAUCCUAUGUCUUAUUAUCCAUACUCGGAUGACUUGACACCAAGCACCAUCCCUCCUGCUACGCCGGCUUCUUCGACCCUGGCCUCGCCUCCCGAUUAUCACUCGCUUCCUUCACCUUACAUCAAGAGCUCAUUGGCACACCGGACUUUACCACCGCCGCCAUCGUCUGAUGCUCCUUUACCGUCCACGCCAUCUUCCCAGCAACCGACCCAUCCUUUCUUGCCUCAAGGUUUUCAACGAACAUUUUCGCAGGGAUCCAUUUCUCGUGGCACGGACAUUCAUCCCCACCCUCCUGUGGAGAUGCCGCCGUUUACACCUCCGAUACUCCGCUAUCGAGUGACAUUUGAUUACCCAAAAGUAGCCUCCCAGCUCACCGAAGAGUAUGAAAGGCAUUGCCGUGACCUUUUAAUGCUGGUUAUCAGCGGAAAAUUUGACAGGAUUGAACCGUGCUUGGCUGAUUUUUACAACAAUAUGCCUGAAGAGCUGAGAAAUCUGAUCCACGCCAUUCCUGAAAUUACGGAAGCUAUCUGGCGAUGGGAUAGCACCCUUUAUGAUACAAUUAUCGACACUUUGUUACCAACAGUUUACACGCCCAUGAAUUUAGAGAUGGUCAAAGGCCUUCGACAGUAUACUCGCGAGCUGGAAAACUAUCUAAGUUCCAACCUCAAAGGUUAUCCUUCUACUCUUUACCAGAAAAAGAGUGAUGUGGCUCGUAUUUUCGUGGCAAAAUUUCGCCGUCAUUUGUCACUCAAUCACAUGGCUCAAGCAGCAGCUGCUAUCCUUCAUCGUCCAGCUGAAAUCACUCUGAUGGCGGAGGACUGGGAAAAAAUUGACUUCGGAGGUGUAGUGGACCAAGCUCUCUGGAUUUGCGAUUGCAAGAACGCAGAAAUUGAACAGAUCCUGCAACGGGAUGUCUUGCACCUCUUGCGAUCCAAAGCUAAUUUGGACCGAUGGAUGGUUUGGACCGAGAAUCUCGUGGAUCGAUACAUGAGCCGAUACCAGAGUCGGCAAGUGACAGAUUGCAAUCAAGUCCUUUUCCAGGCAAAGCAACUCGUAUUGAAAUGGACACUGUAUUCCUCCUUGAUUAUGCGAGAUCUCACCAUGCGAAGUGCAGCAAGUUUCGGUUCUUUCCAUAUAUUACGGCUGUUCCUUGAUGAUCAUGUAUUGUACGUGGUGGAAGAUUGCAUUGCCAAAAUGAACGCUGCGCUUGUUCAAUCCACCUCGCAGGUGCCAAACCUUAGCAGCUCGGUGGAUCUCGAUUUCUUAGCGCAUGAUCGCCAAUUAACCACCCCGCCACCUUCUUCCAGCAGUCGCUAUGAAAUGACGGGAGAUCGAUCGCAAAUCAAUCAAUCCUAAAUUUUCUGUAUCAUAAGUUCUCCGGUCUUUGCUUUCUCUUCACCCCUUCUUUGCACAGUCUUAAUUACCCGUGAUUCUAUAUCCUGAUUUAUUCCUAUACGAUUCGCUUACCCUAUUCACCUUGCAAUAAUGACCAUCUUGCACAUACAAUUCUCAUUCGCUGCUAUCUAUGCCAUUUAUAUCGCUUACUGUAAAUAAAAAAAGGAACUUUGUUUCGUUGCAUCUUGUAG